AUGUCUGACAACGACCCACAACCCUCCCCCGGUCCGCACGACGACUCUGCUGGUCCGAACGCUUCCGGUCUCGCUGCUGGCAAUGGCGGGGUUCCGAAUUCCAACCCCAAUGCCGGUGUUGACCCUUCUCGGGGAGUAAAACGAAGCCGACCGAAUGCAGAUGACGACGAUGAUGAUGAGGACAAUAAGCCCGGUCGUGAGCGCAGGAAGAUCGAGAUCAAGUUUAUCCAAGACAAAUCCCGACGUCAUAUAACCUUCUCGAAACGAAAGGCGGGUAUUAUGAAGAAGGUGCAUUCCGCUAUUGUUCUUUGUUUUUCCUUAUCUUAGCCUUUGACCUUUUCUUUUUCCUCAAUCGCGAUUCACGAUCUCUACGCGUACCAACUCUCCUCACCUUCAACAUCCAUUUGCUAACCCUUUCAAUCAAUUCAUCCAGGCCUACGAGCUUUCCGUUUUGACUGGCACUCAGGUUCUGUUGCUUGUUGUCUCCGAGACCGGUCUGGUUUAUACCUUCACUACCCCCAAACUUCAACCUUUGGUCACCAAGGCGGAAGGAAAGAAUCUCAUCCAGGUAACUUUGACAAGCUCGAUUCGUGUUUCUUCUGGAGAGUAGAUGUUUGACGAGUUUUCAGGCAUGUUUGAACGCGCCCGAGCCGCACUCCAACGAGAAUGGUGUUGCUGAGGGCGACUCUGCGUAUGUAUCCUCCUGUUACUCGGGGCCUCGCAUUAUCACGGGUGGCUGACCCGGAUAUCUUGAAUAGUGUUGAUUCCCCCGAGGAGCCACAGCAUACCCAACUACCUCCUCAGGUCACUGCACGUCCGCCGGUAGGAAUGCCCGUCGGUCCGGGUGUUCCGCCAGGUCCCUAUAUGGGCAUGCCAGACGCCGCUACCCAGGCUCAAGCCCAUGCGUAUCAACAAUAUAUGCAACAGCAACAAGCUGCGGCUCAAGCUCAAGCUCAGGUGCAGGCACAGCGCGGAGGAUACCUCCCUCAACAUCCGGCUCAGAUGCAACCACAUCCGGCCCAGACGUCAUGAUUUACUGCACCAUUUAUGGUCCGCUGACGGGGCAUCGAGGCAGCCACCCCGCUCACCAAUAAAAUCGACAACACUUUCUCCUCUUGAAGGAAAAAAAACUACUGCUUCUUUUUGCCAAUUUCUUGCGCUGUGGUUCAUUCAGGCGGUGUUGUUUUGGUUUGCUCGCGUGGUACCAUUGUUAACCGGACCACGUUUUCUUGGCCAAAGGACGAUAGUGAAGACUACUACCUUCUUGUAGCCAAGAUACCCUUUGCAGCCUUUUUUAUUUUUUGCUUUCUUUCUUUGUAUUUUUGCAUGUUUUUCCCUGUCACAUGUUCCAUGCACUUCACCUAUUAAUCGUUGGGAUUUAUUUCUCAUACAACUUACUGGGUUCAUCUCGUCUAGUGGUGUGGAUUCGGGAAAUUCCGUUGGGUUACGCUUUGCUCUCUCACGAAAUGGAAACUGCUGUGUCUGUAUGCUUGAGCCACGCCUUCCGAUUGCCGACUUUUUGUACCGAAACAGCACUUUCUCCCCCCAUUAAUGUAUUCUCAAAAAUUUCAGGUUGGUUUCGGUCUUGGGAAUUUGUUUUCUUUUUCCUAUCUUGGUUUCUUUGUUCUAUCUCGGUUUUUCAUUUUAUUUUCCUCUUACCAUCCAUUGGCCGCUGCACUCGGUUUCUAUAUACCUCUCUUUUUUUCUUCCGGUGUAAAUUUAUCUUUUUCUCAACAUCUCACGGGUACUAGGAUAUAAUAUCUCCGGGGGAGGAUGGUGGGGGUCGAUGUGGAUCAAUGAGGGGUAGGAUGUGCGGGAAUGGGUGGGGAAGAGGCUUGAAUUAAUUUGAGUUCCACACAACACACCCUGAUCACUUUCAAUCACUCGGAGCAAUGAUCGAUUACUCUGAGCUUCGAAAAAAAAAAUUACCCGCAUUUUUGCAGCAGUGAAGUUGAUACAGUGGCACUUGUAUGAUGGAAAGAAAAAAAGCAAACAGAAACUUGAUAGGCUUGUAAUUGCGCCAUGGUGGCAUAUCACACGAGUGCAGUACGAAUAUCAUACUCCUGGACAAAGGUAAACCCCCAUUUCGCUGAGGAGCAGGCCAAAUCACAACCCUUCCACCCACCCCCCCCACGAUUCGCCCAUGCACACGGCGUGCAAAUCAUAAGGCCGAAGAUGGAGAGAGAGUCAACUCUGUUCCUCCCUCGUUUCCCCUCACGCGCGCCGCGCCGAGUUCCAGCUCCCCCCGUCUAUCGUACACACACGAUACUGUACAGUACCGUAUCCUUCCUCACCUCUGACGGAAGCCACACCGCUUCGAGCAAGCCCAAGCGAAGCGGGACGAACGAAACGGGCAAGUCCAUCGCAUUGCACCGAAAAGCUACUCGGCCGCCUCCCUCUUUACACCAUGCACAUGGUGUCAUACGGUGCUCGAGUAGAGAGGAGAGGAGAGGAGGGAAAGAGGGUAAGUGAUUGAUUGAUUGAUUGAUCCUCUUGCAGGGCUGUGUACGAGUACUCGUUACGGUAUGAUGGAUUUUUCCUUUUUUUUAUAUUCUUUUUAUCUUGUGAAAUCUGGUCAGAUUGAUUGAUG